GAAAAAGAGGGGGAGUGACAGAAAGGGAGAAAGAGGAGGGGGGAAGAAAGAGUGUGAGAAAGAGAGAGAGAGUGUGUGUAGAGACAGACAGAAUCACAUGCUCUCCUCUUGCACAGCACGGCUGCUGUUUGGCUCCAGUCUGAUCUCAUCUCCAUGAAAAGUGUGUGAGAGAGAGUGUGUGUGAGUGAGUGUGUGAGUGAGUGAGAGUGAGUGUGUGUGGAAAGAACAAGCUUGGACUUAAACUGGACUGGACUGGACGUAAGCAAAGUGUCAUAACAGUCAACAGCAAGUGCUGCAUCAGGUCAGCUGGACACCCCGAAAGUCUCUGACAACCUCUUACAUCAGCAGAGGAGGAGAGGAAAGAGAAGAGGAAGGGAGGAGAGGAGAAGAGGCCAUCUGAUGGCAUUGAGUUGGACGCCCCAGUAGGAUCCUGGCUGGCCUUGAGGUCAUGGGGUCGUUUACGCUGGGGAAAGCGGCGCCACUGAAGCUGCUCUUGGAUGCAUGUAUCCAUGCUUUCGAUGAUGAAGGAGAGCUGCUUGGGAACCAGCUGCCCCGGACUCUCCUGCUCAUGCACCGCUGGUACGUCUCCUCGACAGAGCUGGCAGGAAAACUCCUCAUGAUAUAUCGUGACUGUACGGGGGACGACGGUCAGCGGACGAGGCUGAAGAUUUGCUAUUUAAUGAGGUACUGGAUCGUCGAGUUCCCUGCUGAGUUUGAUCUGGAUCUGGGUCUGAUCCGACUGACGGAAGAGUUCAGAGAUGUAGCAGCACAGCUGGGCUGUGACCAACACCUCAAACUGCUCGACAUAUCCACCAUCCCUUCCUACGACUGGAUGAGGAAGCUAACGCAGCGCAAGAAGCAAGUAAAGAAGGGCAAAGCCUCUCUGCUGUUCGACCACCUGGAGCCCAUCGAGUUGGCUGAACACCUCACCUUCCUAGAGUACAAGUCCAUCAGGAGGAUAUCAUUCACAGACUAUCAGAGCUAUGUGGUCCAUGGCUGUUUGGUUGAUAACCCCACGCUGGAGCGCUCCAUCGCCCUGUUUAACGGGGUGUCCCAGUGGGUGCAGCUGAUGGUGCUCAGCAAACUCACCCCCCAGCACAGAGCCCACGUCAUCAGCAAGUUCAUCCAUGUCGCCCAGAAACUGCUCCACCUGCAGAACUUCAACACUCUGAUGGCGGUGGUCGGGGGUUUGAGCCACAGCUCCAUCUCUCGACUGAAGGAAACUCACUCCCACCUCAGCCCUGACGUCACCAAGAUUUGGAGUGAGAUGACAGAGCUGGUCUCGUCGAAUGGCAACUACUGUGCCUACCGCAAGGCCUACAGCGAGUGUGAAGGCUUUAAAAUCCCCAUCCUGGGCGUGCACCUGAAGGACCUGAUCGCCGUGCAUGUGGUCUUCCCUGACUGGGUGGAGGACAGUAAGGUGAACAUUGUGAAGAUGCAGCAGCUCUACCUCACCUUCAGCGAGCUGGUGGCACUGCAGAGCAUGGCAGCGCAGGUGGAGCCCAACAUGGACCUCAUCUACCUGCUCACGCUUUCUCUGGAUCUCUACUACACAGAAGAUGAGAUUUAUGAGCUGUCUUUGCUACGAGAGCCACGCAACCCCAAGUCUCUGCCCACGUCUCCUACAACCCCCAACAAAGCACAGGCUCCUCUUGACUGGGCCUCAGGAGUGACCACCAAGCCGGACCCUUCUGUCGUCAACAAACACAUCAGGAAAGUGGUAGAUUCUGUGUUCCGUAACUACGAUCACGACCAUGACGGCUACAUCUCCCAGGAGGACUUUGAGAGCAUAGCGGCUAACUUCCCUUUCCUGGAUUCCUUCUGUGUUCUAGAUAAAGACCAGGAUGGCUUGAUCAGUAAGGAUGAGAUGAUGGCGUAUUUUCUUCGCGCUAACCCUGUGCUGCAGUGUAAAAUGGGGCCGGGGUUCAUCCACAACUUCCAGGAGAUGACCUACCUGAAGCCCACCUUCUGUGAACACUGCGCCGGAUUUCUCUGGGGAAUUAUCAAACAGGGCUACAAGUGCAAAGACUGUGGGGUCAACUGCCAUAAGCAGUGUCGUGAGCUGCUGGUGUUGGCGUGCCGCAGGCUUCCUCGCUCCACCUCUCUGGGCAGCGUCUCCCCAGGAGCCCUCACGCACAGCUCUCUGCCCAGCAGCCCUGCACUGCCCGCCUGUAAAGAUGAAGACGAGGUGUUUGAGUUUCCUGCCGUGAGCUCCUCUUCGGGCUCAGAUUUAGAAGGCAAGUCCAUCACGCUGAUGACCGGCUCUGCCCAGCGGAUCUCGGUCCGGCUCCAGAGAGCCACCACCAGCCAGGCCACUCAGACGGAGCCGCUGUGGCCGGAACACGGCUGGGGUCCGGCCGCUGACGCCGGCUCGCACACCUUCCCCAAGAUGAGGUGCAGGCCGCACCGCAAAGUCUCCAAAAACAAAGGCUUCGCUCGCUGGGAGAACGAAACGCAGGGAACAGCAGCGAUGGCAGGGACUGGACACGGACGGAGGGAUUCACAGGAGCAGACAGAAGAGACGGAGAGUAAUGGGGUCAUACCACAGCAUCAGCAUAACACAGAGGCUUCUGAGAUCAGCUGACUUGCCAGCUCCGAGGGCCCGAGCAGGACCCCCCGGAAGCCGUCGGUGCUGCGAUCCAGAAAGCUCUCUUCACUGGGGGACGUGCUGGGGUGCCUCAGGCCCCCAUAUGGCCAGGAAUAGGGUCUCUACUCCACCCGAAGACUCCACAACAGGAUGCCAAACUCCCAGACUGAACGAAAGAAACGGGAACACGUGGGUGGGGUGGUUAGUGCAUCCCUGCAGGAACCUGAACUGUGCUGAUGCAGUGGACGCCACUGUUUAUUCACGGGGUCACGAGGAGAUGUUUUCGGAGAGGACCCCAUUGAGCUAUCACCGCAAAGAGCUGGUGUUUCGGGGAGAGUGUUUUUAGGAUAACGUGUUUCUUUUCGAGUGUAGUGAUUCACAUGCUUAAUUAGUGGUUAUAAUAACUUACAGUUCAAAAGUUACGCAGCUCCUCCUUUACCGUCACUACCAAAAGCAACAUGUUUUGCCUGAAAGCAAGGUUUCUUGGAAACCUUGAACUAAGUCACAUUGACGUUUAGUGUAGUACGUUGUGUGUGUGAGGGACCGUUUGAGAGAAAUCCUGUUUUUUUUUUCUUUUGCUUGUAAACAUUUAUGAAUGGAGUGUGCCUGAAUAUUAAUUUCAGUGGAGUAAGACUCAGUGAGCUAUAUUCACAUUGUUUGGUUGGAGUUCUGUAUGUUUAAAAGACACUACAUAGGGGUUAUUUGGAAAUGUGGUUGCCUGAAUGUUUAACGAAGGUUUGCUUUUGGUUUAAAAGUCUGGAUGGUUUUAGAAGGUUUGCAUGUCUUCUUAUGGGAGGUCGAAUGGAGACGAACGGGUAAAACGGCUUCACAAGGCCACAAUUCUAUUAGAUUACUGUAGUACUAAUGUAAAUUAGCUGAUUUAGUGUGCACAGACAGAUAGACAGAUGUGGCAGAUGGAGUUUCUAUGAAGAUAUUAGUGCAUUUAUGAUGUCGUUGAGGGAAAAAUCGAUAACACUAGUCAUGUUCGACCAGUAUCUCAUUAUGAACUCAAGGAGAAGGUACGCAUGUAGGUCAGGUAAUAAAAGAUCCACAGAGAGCUUAAAUAAUCUAGAUACUACUGAUCAAAUGGCGAUGAAGAACAGAUAUAAAGUCGUUCUGGUAUAAAAGAAAAGGUGCAGUAGAUUAGAGUUCAUCUAAUAACAGAAGGAAGAACACAAGAUCACUGAUAAAUGUAUGUAGAUCUGCAACAAAAGCUGUGAAAUCGGUUUAUUCUUGUGCUAAAAGGCUCAACAAGGCACUCGACUGGCUAGAGCUUCCCAGAGGUGACCUCCAUCCUAACAAAUCAACCGUAAGAUCAGCGUUACCAAGCAACCGUGCCUGAACGCUAGGUGGUAUAAGUGUGUGAGAGGUAGAGAGAGAGAGCGAGCGAGAGACUAAGAGUCUGCUCUCAUCUUUCUUCAUCACAUCUGCCGUUGCUGGCCAGAUGUUUGUCCGGCUACUGUUGCCAGGCACUAGGCGAUGGACUGAGAAACUGAGAGUCAAAUGCUACAUCCAUCUGCCCUGAGAUCGGUUACAUGUUCAGAUGAACUCAGGGUACAGGCAGAUGUACAGAAAGCCCUGACAUGGCAGCUUAAACUUGCAGUGUACUUCAAAUUAUGAAAGACGUAAAACAAAACCAGACUAUUGCUGAACAUGCUGUCAUACAUAGACUUAAAAAGAACUCUACUUAAAAAGAACUUGCUUCGCACAGUGGGCCAAUCGCAGCCAGGGGGAGGUCUCAGAACAAUUGAUGCAGUGAUUAGGGCUGAGCACAGCCAGAGGGAGGUCCGAGAAUGAAUGACUCUGUGAUUAGAACCAAUUACAGUCCAGGGGAGGUCUCCAAACAAUGACAUGGUGAUUAGGGCCGAGCAGUCAGGGGGAGUCACAGUCAAGAGGAGGUCUCAGAAUGAGUAAUGCAGUGAUUAGGAACAAUCACAGUCAGGAAGAGGCCUCAGAAUGAAUAAUGCAGUGAGUAGGACCAAUCACAGUCAGGGGGAGGUCUCAGAAUGAAUAAUGCGGUGAGUAGGACCAAUCACAGUCAGGGGGAGGUCUCAGAAUGAAUAAUGCAGUGAUUGGGACCAAUUACAGUCCAGGGGAGGUCUCCAAACAAUGAUGUGAUUAGAGCCAAGUGGGGGAGGUCUUAGAGUGGCUGACGGCGGUGAUUAGGACAAAUCACAGUCAGGGGGAGGUCUCAGAAUGAAUAACGUGGUGAUUGGGACCAAUCCCAGUCAGGGGGGGAGGCCUCAGAAUGAAUAAUGCGGUGAUUGGGACCAAUCCCAGUCAGGGGGGGAGGCCUCAGAAUGAAUAAUGCGGUGAUUGGGACCAAUCCCAGUCAGGGGGCAGGUCUCAGAAUGAAUAACGCGGUGAUUGGGACCAAUCCCAGUCAGGGGGAGGUCUCAGAAUGAAUAACGCGGUGAUUGGGACCAAUCCCAGUCAGGGGGAGGUCUCAGAAUGAAUAAUGCGGUGAUUGGGACCAAUCCCAGUCAAGGGGAGGUCUCAGAAUGAAUAAUGCGGUGAUUGGGACCAAUCACAGUCAGGGGGAGGUCUCAGAAUGAAUAACGCGGUGAUUGGGACCAAUCACAGUCAGGAAGAGGCCUCAGAAUGAAUAAUGCAGUGAUUAGGACCAAUCACAGCCAAGGGGAGGUCUCAGAAUGAAUAAUGCGCCACCAUAAAAAUUCAAACCAUUGCUUUGGCCAAUAGGACAUCGUUUUGCUUUGCAAAGUGAAUUUCGUUUGAAAUACGCUGCCCGUUCCAAGCCCUGUUCACACUUGGCAUUAACAUCUGUCUUGAGUGAUCUGGUCAUUAAGCGGACAGUGAGACGUAGAGCCGUUUACACCUGGAAUUCAUAUGUACCUCCAGCUACCAUGGGUGGUCAUAUUCAUGACUGGAGGGGGGGUAACAUGCACAUUCACUACGUCUCCUGCUGCAUUUGCUGUCAAACGAAAAUGUCCCAUGAGCCCUGGUUCAUGUACAAGCUGAUACAAAUGUUUAAAUCACAUGGAUUCUAAUAAAUUAGGGUUAUAAACCAAUGGGAAGGGAGAUGAAGAAAGAAGCUACGCAGCUUUUUAGCCAGACCGUUGUUGCUGUCGAGGACGCAUCAGGGUGCUUUAGCGCUCAAAUAUUCACACUACAAAUGUUGACAUUGAUUUAACUGCUUGUCAAAAAUAACCAUUAAGUUAUUCAUUUUUUAAUGUCACUUCCUUUCAGUUUUUCUAAGAAAUCUGCUGGGACAUUUUGCACACCUCUAAAGUUCGCUCUUAGAAGUUGGUUGUAUUUGUGUCCAAGGAAUCCCAAACAAUGACAGCAACAAUUCAGUGAUGUCAACUCUGUUAAAUUCUUAGAAAAAUGGUUAGAUUUUUCGUCCUUUUUGUGGAUUUUCUUUCCCGAGUAACAACUUCUUGACAGCUAUACAUCCGUUCAGACCCAUAGCGCUGAGUCGUCUUCUCACGGUGGAAGGAUGGACAGAAACACCUGUAUUUUUUCAGAUGUGAGAAAGAAGGAAGCUCAAUUUUCUCCUCCCCCUCAAAGACGAAAGCUAUAAGUACUGUUUAUUUGAGAUUUGUCGUCUAGCAGGUGUUGCAGGUGGUUGUUAAGUGUCCCGUUUUCUUUGUAGCUUUUAGUGAUUUUCUGAUCUCCAGUUUUGGAAACGUUUUUAGUUAUUUUCCUUUGACUUUCCUCUUCCUUAUGCACGAGUGAACUGUCACUGGAUUAUUAGACCACCGUGCUGUCCACUUAUCUGAACCCCUAAGAUGUAUGUUAAUGCCAGGUGUAAAUUGGGCCUUAUACUCCACACACUCAUGCGUCACUGUUUAUGUGCUGAACAAUCACAUCACAUUUGUGAGAUCACAGAACUUAAGAGAUCAACAGACAGAACUAAGUAGAUCGAAUAAGGCUUCAGUGAUUACAACUGAAGGUCCUGAAUAUGGAGGUCAGUAACUGUGGCAGCCAUGGUCAGUGGUGACCCUGACAUGCUAAGCUAAGGGAGGCUAGGAGCGCUGGGGUAUAGAGACUGACAUUAGAAAUAAGUUUGUUGGUGACCAAAAGUAGUGGAGUGUCUUUUUUGUUGCCACCAGUUUUAAAAGCUGUCAAAAUCAUCAAGGAACCCUGCUUUUGUUUUAGUACAGCAUGUGCUACGUUCACAUUACCAGGCUGAAGUGGCACAAAUCCGAUUUUUUGCCCUAAAGUGACUCAGAUCUGAUGUUUUCAGAGCUGUGUGGACACAA